AUGUCGGUUGAUUCAACGGCAUCACCUACGCAAUUAUCGACAUUUAAAAAUCGUGUUGAUCUUAAUUCACCUCCUAAUAAAGCAUUACAACCAACACUAUCUCAGAGCGAUCAUUAUCCUCCAUCAAGACAUUCUAUGGCAGGUCCUCCAAAAGAUCAUCACCACCAUCUUCAUCAUCAUCGACCACGAAGUAGUUCACGACCACGAACAAUGUCUGCUUCAGAAGAAGUAUCUGCUGAUACAAUUACAGAACUAACAUCAAUACCAUCAUAUACAAAUAAACAUAGUAUUAAACGUGAUAGACGAACUAGCGAAUUAAAACCGCCAGUCGACCAUAAUGAUCUUACAUCUUCUGAUCGACGUAAUUCAACUCCACAAAUCUAUUUCAGUUCUCUAAUUCCACAUGCAUUUCGUAAUGCAAAACAUCAUCAUAAAACUAAUACAAACAACUCAAACGCCUCCACUACUAUAUCUCCUGCACAAUCUGCUGAUACAAUGGCAAUAAAACCAGAUACACCAUUUUCAUUGAAGAUACCAACAAACAAUUCACGAAUAACUGCUUCACAAAGUCAUGAACGUUUACCUUCAUCUCAAAGUGAUGAUUCAGUUCCAUCAUCUUCAUUUAUUUGUGAAGACGCUAUAACUGAACCACGAUCAGCUGAAUUAUUUAUAUUUGAAUCAGCUACGCCGCUUUGUAUUUCAGAAAUAUAUCGUGAUCAUUUUCUCAACCAUUUUCAUGCAAAUUAUUACGGCGAACUUUUCCAUGAAGGUCCAUUUCUAGCAUCUCUACGAUUUAUCCAUAAUAAAGAGUCUAUGGUAGACACUUGUUUAGCUCGUGCGCUUAUUCGUACUCAAUAUCGUAAUUGUGAUGUAUCUGAAAUAGUUAAUGGAACAAAUGAAAAUCAUAUUCUCCAAAUAUUAUUUCAUAAAGGAAAAUUGACAGAAGUUUUGUCAUAUGGAGCUAUCGGUGAUCCAAAAGCGAAUGAAAAAUUAUAUUUAUUUGAUAAAACAAAUGAUGAAAGAUAUCAUUGUAAAAUUGGUGUUAUUUAUCAAGGUGUUAAUCAAACAAAUGAAUAUGAUAUAUUUAGUAAUGAUUCUAUGCCAAAUGAAAUGCGUCAUUUUCUAGAUUAUAUAUCACGUCAAGUAGCAUUAAAAGGCUUUUCAAAAUAUCGUGGUGAUCUUGAUACAAAAGAUGAUUUACAUGGCGAAUAUUCUUAUUAUACAGAAUAUGAAAAUCAUGAAAUUAUGUUCAAUAUAGCACCAUUAAUACCAUCAACAAAAGCAAAUGGACAAUGUAUUGAAAGAAAAGGUUUAAUUGGAAAUGCAUUUGUUUGUGUUGUUUUUCAAGAAGCAGGUGCAAAAUUUUUACCAGAUUUUAUUGCUGGAAAAGUAAUACAAAUAUAUAUUACUGUACAACCAGUAACGAUUAACGAACAACUUCAUUAUAAAGUUGCUAUUUGGCGUCGAAAUGAUAUAACAUCUUUCAUUGAUCCACCUGGUGGAGUCUAUAAAUAUGAUCAAUCAUUUUGUUCUUAUUUUCUUACAUUAUUACUUAAUUCAGUAAAUGUUGCUAUUGAAUCACCAAGUCUUCGUUCACGUAUAUUUGAACAACGACAACGAUUAAAAUACGAAGAAUUAAAAAAACUUAUUGAUAUAUUUAUUCCUGGUCCUAUGCUUGAUUUUGCAGUUGAACAUGAUCAGUAUCAUAAUCUUAGUCAUUAUAUUCAUCAACAACAACAGAUAGAUAUACGUCCUAAUGCUCGUAGUGAAAGUUUUGCUGGUACUUCAACAAUUACAUCAAGUGAUAGUACAAAUACUGCUACAUCUGGUCGUACAUCACCAGUAUCAAAAAAGAAAGGUUUUUCAAAAAAAAUUUUCGGUGUAUUUUCUUCAAGUCGAUCAGGAUCAAUUUCAUCUGUGCCGGCAUCUCCAAUUAAUAUCAAUCAUGAUGUCUCACCUGUUAGUCCACAAUCAAAUUCAACUGGAGACACAACUAUGACAUUAGGUCGAACAAUUAUUCAAGUAAAUAAAGAUCAAGUUAAACGAACACGUUCUAUAAAGACAAACCAGGCACCUAUUCCUCAGCCACGUUCAAGUAAUGGCUUAAUAUCUCAAACUAUAUCUGUUCAACCACCAACUCCAUCUGCUAAUCCAUUAAAUAUUUUUACUUCCGAAAAUCUAACACAAAAUAAUCUAUUAAAUACAGCUGCUUUCGACGUAGAACCACGCAGCCGUUCAAAUUCUUCACCGAAUCGUAGUAAUAAUAUUACUAAUAAAUCGAAAUCAUAUUCUGUAUCAAAAAUCGAUGAAGAAACUCAAUCAAGCAAUGCUACUGAUGACGAUAGUUACAAGGAAGAUUCAAGUGAAGAAGAAAGAUCCAUAAAUCGUUCAAUAAAAUUAACUUCAAAUAUAAAUUCAUCAUCUAUGCCAUUUUUAUCUUGA